AUGUCUCCCCGAGUGAGACACAUCUGUUUACUGCAUCUAACUCUGGGCGUCUGCUUUCUGAGCACCUUGCAAGCCACAAAGUCAGGGCAUGUGUCUGUCCGCCAAGCUCCCAACAGUGACGUAGUUCUUCCAGUGGACUGCACUGUGUCCGAGUGGAGCGAGUGGUCAAGAUGUGACGUCUGCCAGAAGAAGAGGUACCGAUUCGCUAAGCUCAGGCAGCCUUCACAGUUCGGAGGAGAGCCGUGCCAUUCUCAUGACAGAGAGGAGGAGGCCUGCCCUGACUCUGCCCGCUACACAUGCAGCAACAUCCCAGUGUGUGAGGGCUUCCUAUGCCCUCGCACAGGUCGAUGUAUUCCUCGCACAUUAAAAUGCAAUGGGGAAGACGACUGUGGGGAUAACUCUGAUGAGGUGGGCUGUAACGGGGACUUCCAUCCUUGCACAGAGUUUGCUGAGGAGUAUUGGGGCAUUGAAAACCUGGCCAAGGGGAUCAAUAUCCUGAACAGCAAACUGGAGGGAGUGGUGCUGGACAACAGGUACUACGCGGGCAGCUGCCUCCCACAAUACAUUCAAGAUAAUAGAUUCAGAAAGCCCUACAACCUACAGCAGUACACACUCAAGACAGGCGGUAAUUACGAUUUCACCCUUGAGCAUUUUGACACAUACUCCAUGUUUAUGGAGCACACCAUGCAGGAGUACACAUCCAAAACUUCUUUUUCCAUCGGCUUUGCAAUCCCUGGGGUGGCUGAGUUUGGAUUUAACUAUGACGACUCCACAUACUCCAAAUCAGUAAAGAAGUUGCGCAGAGCAAGUGCCAAAACCAACAGCUUUAUCAAGGCCAAAGCAGAAGUAGAGCUGGCCCAGUACAUUCUUAAGAGUGAUGAACUGAUGCUCCACCCUGAGUUCCUGCAGCGACUCCGCUCCCUGCCGCAGACUUAUGUCUACGGCGAAUACAGACAGAUUUACAGAGAUUACGGCACCCACUACGUCACUGAGGCUGCACUGGGAGGAAGUUAUGAACACACCAUCAUCAUAGACAAAGAGAAACUGGAGAAAACUGAUUACACUUUGGACGACUACAAAAACUGCGUACAGGUCGGCAUCAGAGUGGGGGCCAAUAUAGAAGGUGUCUAUGUGACUGGAGGUGUGGAAGGGGGAGGCUGUGAUGGACUUCUGACAGAGAUGGGUGAGGACACAGUCAAGGGGCGGAUGGUGGAGGAUUUUGUGGCUAUAGUGAAAGGUGGCAGCAGUGAAUCCGUAACUGCACUAGUGUCAAAAAAACUGCCUGAAACAAAUCUGAUGAACCUGUGGGGUCGAGGAGUAGAGUACAACCCAGACUUCGUUCGACGAACAACGAGACCGCUGUACGAGCUGGUGACGUCUCGGGACUUCACGCAGAGUGACGUCCUGAAGAUGUACCUGAAAAAAUCCUUGUCAGAGUACCUGGAAGAGGUCAGCCCGUGUCGCUGUGCUCCCUGCCGCAACAAUGGAGUCGCUGUGCUCAAAGGGACCAGAUGUGACUGUAUUUGUCCAAAUGGCUAUAGUGGAAGCGGCUGUGAGAUCACCCAGCGCCCAACAGUUUUAGCCAUUGACGGCAGUUGGAGCUGCUGGGGUGCGUGGUCGUCCUGUACCGGAGGCAGUAAGAGCCGGAGUCGAGAGUGUAACAAUCCAGCACCGAGUAACCAGGGCAUGGCCUGCAGGGGGCUGCCACAGGAGCCCGUGCAAUGCUUUUAA